AUGGCGUCCCCGCCGGUGGUCCGCUUCCCGAUCGUAUUCCUCAUCCGGCUAUUCGGCGCCGCCGCCGCCGCCAUGGUGAUCGCGUGGGUCGUGCGCUUCCGUGGCGGAAUGGCCCUCUUCUCCGACAACAAGGACCUCAUCUUCAACGUAAAUCCUCUUGGUGCUCCUCUCCCCUCGCUCCACUUCUUGCGACUUGUCGUCUGAUAGUUGUGGCUAUUGUGGAUGCUCUUGUUUACUUGUCAUUUUCCCAUUCUUGUGAAGGGAACUGGGGCUGCGAGUGGUCCCACAGACCGUGUAUAAAUUGAUGGACGGACUUCAGAUCGCAUCUGAAAUUUUCCUUGUUGAUCCGCACAUUUCAAAUUUUCCUCGGUCUAAACUCUGCUUGUGGGAGAUUUUCUUGCGUCACUGUGGACAGAUCGGAGGAAAUUCUGGUCUUAGGUUGGACUGUGGUUGUCAUUUUCCCACUCUUGUGACUUGAACUGCGGCAGACCGUGUACAAAUUGAUGUACAGACUUCAGUUCGCAUCUGAAAUUUUCCUCAUUGACCCAAACGUUUUCAAGUUUUUUCUCGAUCUAAACUCUGUUUGUGCGAGAUUUACUCACGUCAAUGUAGCCAGAUCGGAGGAAAUUCUGGUCUUAGGAUGGACAUCGGACGAAUAACUGAAGGGAAAUCAGGAGCAAAAAAAAUGCUAUUUUCAAUUAAGCUGAAAAUAAAAAGGGUACUAAGGAUUUAUAACGAUUUGAAUUGGUUCUCUGAUGAAAACUGCGACAGCCAUAGGUUGGAUCAUGAUAUGAGGCGAGAGACUAGUUGGUGAAAGUAAAGAAGAAGAUUUUAUGCUUUAAUAUUCAAGGUCAGUGUAGGUUUUUCAGGGUGAUGACUCGACUGGUAUCAUGUUCCUUUCUUUUUUAAUCCGUUGUCCAAAGUAUUUUUUCUUUUCCUUAAACUUGAAUCGUGAUUUCACGCCAAUGUCAGGCCUUAUCCCUUAAUCUGGGCAUCAGUUUCAGAUCUUGAGAAAUCAUUGCUAUCAUCCUAUAUAGUUACCAAUAUGAGACCAUUAUCAUCGCAUACUCCUGAACCAUCCUUUUGGUGGUUAGAGAGGAUUCUCAUUGUAGACCUAGGAUUGGUGAUUGCUUUUGUUGAAGAGAAGGAAAGAAAGGAGCGAGAGAAAAUGUUGGUUAUUUUACAUAGAAUUCUCUGAGACAUGAGAGAAAUUGGCUUAUUUUUGUGCGGUUUGGUAGAUUUUUAUCUGAUGAUGAAGGUGUGAUAACGAUGUAAAACAGAGUAUUAUAUAUAUAUAUACGUUUUUUUUUUUUAAUUCACAUGUGGACUAUUCUUUGUAGGUUCAUCCUGUACUAAUGGUGAUUGGCUUUAUACUUGUAUACGGAGAAGGUAUGCCAUUAUAUACUCCCUCACACUAUUGCAAUAAAUUGUUGAUUGUAUGUUUUAUUUUCUUGAAUAACCAGAGGAAAAUCAUGAAGUUCGUCGAAAUAUAUGACCUCACAAUGAAUUCGGCCUUUCAGUGAAACUCCAUCAUUUUAAGAGAUUGAAUAUGGAAAAUAAAAAAGUGUUCAUAGAAAUGUUAUGGGCAUCAGAACAUGGCUAUGGAUCCGUGCCUACACAUAUCAUAAUGUGCCCACUUGCAAUUGUCUUCUCUUGAAGUUUCUGGCCCCAGAAGAAAAUGAGGAAUAAGAUAAAUUAAGAAAUAUUCGUUUAAAACGCUUAGUGCCUCUUUCUUCUUCUAUGGCUAGUUGCUUGUUCAAGGGAUUAUGCAACUUCUGGUUGUUUUGAUGAGCAUCAAUGAAAAAUUGGAGUGUCUCAAAGAUUAAUAUGCAAUUUUUUUUAUUAAAUACCUGCCAAGGAAAUGUUGCGGGAAAUUCCGAGCCAGCAAUCAUAUUCUUCAGUAUACUCUCCCUCUUAAAGUGAGAAACUUCCCGCCAUCAAUGAUCCGGAGCAAAAAAUAUACUUUGAUGACAGAAAUCAGCCACUUGCUGCAUCUAUCGAAGCUACCCAUGAACAGAUUUCAUUUCAUUGCUGAUUAAAACUCCUCGUGUGACGGUCUCCAGCCAUGCUCGUGUACAAGACGAUGCCGGGGACCAAGAACUUCAAGAAGGCGGCGCACCUCUCUGUUCUGUUCCUUGCGCUCUGCUUGGGGGUCGUCGGUGUGUGGGCGGCCAUUAAAUUCCACAACGAGAAGGGCAUCGACAACUUCUACAGCCUCCACUCAUGGCUAGGCCUGGCGUCCCUCAUCUCCUUCAGCAUCCAGGUGACUGGCUCCUGCUCCUCCUCCAUUUCACCCUCAGCCUAAUUUCCCUGCGAUCUUCCUCCAGUGGGCUUUGGCAUUCGCCACAUUCUGGUACCCGGGUGGUUCGAGGAGCAGCAGGGUCUUCCUCCUUCCAUGGCAUGUGUUCUUGGGGGUCUACAUCUAUGCCCUUGGAAUUGCCACUGCCGUCACUGGGAUCCUGGAGAAGGCGACCUUCCUGCAGAGUAACAGAGAGAUAUCGCGGUACUCGUCUGAGGCAUUCCUGGUGAACCUUCUGGGCAUCCUCCUCGUCGUCCUCGGUGGCUUUGUGGUCCUCGCCGUGAUCACCCCCACGGUUGGCAAGGGCGGCGAGGCACUCCGGAACGGUGCCGACUAG